ACUCUACGAAACGAUCAAUUUGCUUCUUGCACAAAAUCGAAGUGUUAAGCUCAGCUCCGGGAUCAUUCUCUUCGAUUAAUCUUUCGCUCUUUGAUUCAUGGUGAAUCCGUUCACCUUCACUCUCUCCGCGUAACCCCUAGCUGUAUCUGAAACCCUAACUCGGUGUUGCGUUGGAAUACUAUCGAGCUCGUCCGUCCCCUUUUAGGAUCAUUCUUUGAUUGGUGUGCUGAAGCGGUUUGGUUUCUGAUCGGGUUAGAUUUUUUUAGUUUGAACAGUCUAAGGCUGCAAUGAGUAUCCAACCUAUUCAGUCGAAAACUUCAUUAAAUGGGGAGCCAGCAUUCAAUGGGGAAGCUGGAAGCUUAAAGAGGCUUUCACAUGAUCGAUUAGUGUACCUCACGACAUGUAAGAUCGGGCAUCAUGUGGAAGUGCAUCUAAAAAAUGGAUCGAUGUAUAGUGGUAUAUUUCAUGCUGCUGAUGUAGAGAAGGAUUAUGGAAUCAUUCUAAAGAUGGCAUGCUUGAUUAAAGAAGGUACUUUACGAGGCCAUAAAUCCCGUUCCGAGUUUGUCAGAAAGCCGCCGUCCAAGACAUUCAUUAUUCCUGCAGAUGAACUUGUGCAAGUUGUAGCUAAGGAUCUAUCUGUAUCCUGGAAUGGCAUGUCAAAUGCAGUUCAGAGUGAGAAGCCGGGGGAGCUGUGGACAGACUCUUCUAUAUCACAGUCUUAUCAUGUUGAGAGGGAAAGACAGCUGAAACCCUGGGUACCUGAUGAGAGUGUUCCACAGCGUGCAGAUUUGGAGAAUGUGUUUGAUAGCCCUUGGAAUAGGAAAUGGAAUCAGUUUGAGGCGAAUGAGUCACUGUUUGGAGUAAAGAGCACUUUCGACGAAGAACUCUAUACCACAAAACUUGAGAGAGGGGCUCAGAGUAAAGAGUUGGAAGAGCAAGCCCGGAGGAUUGCGAACGAGAUUGAGGGUGAGACUACCCGAGAUCUUCAUGUAGCAGAGGAAAGAGGCCUUCAGUUAAGUGUGAAAUCUGAUUUUGACGAGGAAGCCAGAUACUCAUCUGUCCGUCGAGUUACUGAAUUAGAUGAUAGUGGGUUGGGUGAGGAGGACAACGUACUGCUGGAUAUUAUGACUUUUGGUAGUUUAACUAUUUCUGAGUCGCAGGAGUUAGUUUCUAGUAGCAGGAAGCAUUAUGAAGAAUCAUGGGGUGACAUUCAGUCUUCGCGGGAUAAUACAAAUGUAGAUCAAAGCUGCUCGACCUCUAAACAGCAAUCCAAAGAUCUACCUGCCGCAGGAAGCAGUAUCAGUGAGAGCCAGCUAGAUGAGCGAAGAAGAACCAACAAUGAUCAAGAGGUUUCACACAAUAACAGAUCAGCUGAGGAAUCAACUUCUGGCCAUGGAGAUAUCAACGAAAGUGCAAAAAUUGGUGGUGGUGCAACAUCGGCGUCGAAGGCUGUUACUGAGAGAGAAAGUCAAGUCAGUCAAGGUUCUGGUCAAACAAAAUCUGAAAGCUCUUUUGGGCAGUCGGGUUCUAGAAAUUCAGAAAGCCGCCCAGUUCCUUCAACAUCAAGUCGUCCUGGGCUAUCACCAAGCUCAUCAAUUGGUUCUAUGACCUCAUCAGAAAAGUCCACACUUAAUCCGAAUGCAAAGGAAUUCAAAUUCAAUCCAAACGCGAAGAGUUUCAAACCACAACCAGCUGCUGCGAGACCUCAAGCUCCAAUCCCAGAUGCCUCAUUCUACUACCCUGGUCCUAGUCAUGUUGCUCCUGUUCAGCAGAUGCCUGGAAUGCCGCCUGUUAAUUACGGAGUCCCGCCAUAUCCUGGCAACCAACCACCGAUGAUGAUGUAUCAUCCUCAAGCCUAUUAUCAUCCAGGCGGACAACCCCAGUACCCGCAGCAGCAAAUGGUGCCUGGUCAGCAGCAGCAAAUGGUGCCUGGUCAGCAGCAGCAAAUGAUACCUGGUCAGCCUAGGCCAGUGUAUUACACGUACCAGCAGCCUCCUCCUUACCAGCAGGACAUGCAAUAUCAUAAUCAAGGACGAGAGUAAUGACUAAUGAGUACCCGAUGGUGAUGAUGCUGUUUUUUUUUUUGGUGAAGGGAGGACAUGAACGAACCUUCUAGUUUUAUUCACUCUUCUUUCUUCUCUCUCCCUUGCCCAAUUACUGAAACCAUAUUUUUUUUUUUUAGAUUCCUCUUCAUCUGGUUUUGGUAUUUCGUGCUGAAAAAAAAAAAAUGAUAAAGAUCCAUCUGUAGUCCGUACUGAGUGUACUCUCUGCAUUUUUGUUUUGUAUCGAAGAAGAUAAGAGUUUAGGUU